AUGGCUUCGAAGAGCAAUCGGCCUUUUUUCAUGGGCAUUGCGCCAAACGCGCCACAUACGGAAGCAGUGAUUGGCCCCAAUUCACUUUGGUUUGAUGUUCCAAAGCCCGCAAAGCGACACGAAAACCUCUUUCUAGAUGCCAAGAUCCCUCGGGGACCCAGCUUCAAUCCUGAAGAGCCUCAUGGUGUCAGUUGGGUGAAGGCAUUACCUCGUGCGAAUCAGACCGUGUUGGAUUACAACGACGCCUUCUAUGUGAAACGUUUACAGACCCUGCAAGCGGUUGAUGAGCUUGUGGGCGCUCUAUUCGACAAGCUAAAGAUCCUCGGCAUGGAUAAGAACACGUACGUUAUAUACACGAGCGAUAACGGUUUUCAUAUGGGCCAGCACCGCUUGAAGCCAGGCAAACAAUGCGCGUUUGAGGAAGACGUCAACGUUCCCUUCCUUGUUUCAGGGCCAGGUGUACCGAAGAACCACACCGUCGAUUUCACUACUUCUCAUACCGACUUUUCUGCGACCAUCCUAGAUCUCGCACAAAUUCCCCUACGUGAGGAUUUUGAUGGCACACCGAUGCCAUUGACAUUACCUGCAAUGAAGAAGGCUGCCAAGUCAACCAUGCACGACCAUGUCUCGAUCGAGUAUUGGGGUAUUGGAGGUGAAGAAGGAGCUUUAUACAGGGGUGGCAUUUCAGCAUCUCAUGGAAAUAACACGUACAAGGGCAUGCGCAUCGUCAGUCCGCAAUACGAUCUUUUGUACACAGUAUGGUGCAGCCAUGAACACGAAUUGUAUGACAUGAAGACCGACCCCUACCAAACAAAAAAUCUGUACGGGACCUCCGUCAAGAUCAAUGGACAGUCAAUCCCUAAGGUCGUUGAGCGAUUGGACGCGCUAUUGAUGGUGAUGAAGUCUUGCAAGGGCAAGCAAUGCACCCAGCCAUGGUUGACUCUUCAUCCCGGUGGGAAAGUAAACAAUCUUGCUGAGGCUCUGCACACUAGGCUGGAUAGCUUCUAUGGCAAACAAGUCAAGGUUACCUUCGACGAGUGUCAGCCAGGCUACAUCAUAUCAGCAGAGGGCCCCUUGGAUGUGAUUCCGUUUUAUGUCCCUGACUAG